AUGGAUAUCUGUAUGGACAAAGAGCCAGAUGGUGUUGUGGUCUAUGCUAAUGUUGACUCUUGUGAUCCAGACCAAGAAAAUGUUUCUGUACUGCCUCCCUUAGAGUCAGUAUCACACGAUGAAGCUAAUGGAGAAACAGAACUUCUAUUUACAGGAGAGAACGUAGAAGUAAGAGAAUAUGAUGUUAAAGAGUGUACUAACGAAGUUCCAGUUUCUAAGCCCUUGGAAGAUGGCAAUAUGAAGAUAGCUUCGUUGGGAAAGGGCGCUAAAUCUGUAAGUAAGUCAGCAAAACAUGCGUCGAAAGCAGGUCGUGGGAGUAACAAAAUAAGGAACACCGUUCCACAACCAUUUGCUUUAGCUACUGAGAAACGUGCUUCAUCUACUACACGUUCGUUUACUGGUGAGUCUCAUGGAGUAGCAGCUGUGUCAAAAGUAUAUCCAGAUGGGUACCGUAAAGUAAGAAGUCAGGCCAUAAAGGUAUCUAGCAAUCCAUUGCAACCAAAAAACAAGAAGCUUUCUGAUGAGGAAAAAGAUUCUUGCUCUAUUGCUUCUUAUGCCAAAUCAAGAACCAUUGUCACUGCAGCUCCUUCGUUUCGAUCCACCGAGCGUGCAGAGAAGAGGAAGGAGUUCUAUAUAAAGCUGGAAGAGAAACACCAAACCAUGGAGGCCGAGAAAAUGGAGAGCGAAGCAAGGAACAAGGAAGAAAAUGAUGCAGCCCUGAGACAACUAAGAAAGAGUAUGAUGUUCAAAGCAAAGCCAAUGCCCAACUUCUACCAUAAAGGGCCUCCUCCAAAGGUUGUAGUAAACAAGAUAACACACAAGACCUCCAACUCGAGCAAAGUCGCCAAAAUUAGGGAGAAGGAACACAAAAGAAGGGAACGUGAAGCGGCAUGAAAUUCGAAAGACUCUAAUAGAAAUCUGUAAAGAAGACCGUGAUGAUGAAACCACACAGGAUGCUGACCAAAUAAAUCGGUUUGUUACAGAUUAAUUAAACCAAAAUUUGGAACAGAAGACCGCUUUUGCUUGCUAAUUAAACGGUUUUUGGUGAUAAGGAACUGAUAGUUGUGUUUCUGAUGUGUAUGGGAUGGCUUGUGUGUGGUUUAACUUAUGAUUUGGAAGUGUAAGUGUGUGUAGUUUAAUCAUGAUUGUGUGCACAUAGAAGCAAAGAAUCUUCAUGCUGGCCUUGUUUAUAAUGAAUGUGGUGGACUCGACGCGGCGUAUAUUAUUAUUUACCUACUGUGGGGUCGUGAGAAAACCAUAGUAUUACAAUAUUUCUAUUUUGUAUAAGGUAAGUUGUUUGAUCAAGCAUGUCAUUAUUGGAGAGAAGUUGGUGUAUGCAAUGAACUUGUAAC